AUGGGGAGAGCUCCUUGCUGUGACAAAGCCAAUGUCAAGAAAGGUCCCUGGUCACCUGAGGAAGAUGCCACCCUCAAGGCUUACAUUGAGAAGCAUGGCACCGGCGGCAACUGGAUUGCCUUGCCCCAGAAGAUAGGCCUUAAAAGGUGUGGCAAAAGCUGUCGCCUUAGAUGGUUGAACUAUCUCCGGCCGAAUAUCAAGCAUGGAGCUUUUUCAGAGGAAGAAGACAAUAUCAUCUGCAGCCUCUAUAUAAGUAUUGGAAGCAGGUGGUCUAUAAUUGCAGCCCAGUUACCAGGGCGAACUGACAACGACAUUAAGAACUACUGGAACACAAGACUGAAGAAAAAGCUCUUGGGCAAGCAGCGCAAGCAACAACAGGCUCAGCAGAGCCGCCGUGCCGCCAGUAGCCUAAAGCAAGAGAUGAUUAAAAGAUCAGAAAGCGGUGCAAAUUUUGCUAACCUUCCAGUUGGGUUUGUGACCCAAAAUCCUUACUGGGCUCCAGAGCUACCAGUGGCAGUGCCCAUGGUGAAUUAUCAAACACAUGAGCCUCAACUCAUCAAGGACCAGGCUUCCAUUAAGAACAUGCUCAUCAAACUUGGAGGAAGAUUUUCAGCUGACAAUAUUACCACUACAACCACCAACACAAAUUUUCUGUACCCUGUUGACAUUUCCUCCAGCUCCUCAUCAGAUCAUCAAUUCUAUCAGAACUCCAUUGAUGUGCUUACUUGUACUUCAGCACCCAACAACAAUAUUUAUGCUGCUGAUCAGUUUGCAAGCACACACUAUGAUGCUAAUAAUAAUGGUGGGGGUUCAAGUAGUCCAACCAUGUUUCAGGGCCUUGAUGAUCACAACAACAAUCUACAGGCUGAUCAUCAUCUAAGUGAAUUGGUGGUUUAUGGCAACGACUUUCCUCAUCAGCAUCAGCAAUUGGAUGGCUUCUAUCAAGGGGCCGAGACGCUGAACAACGGUAGCACUGGAACUAGUACUACUUCUGCAGAGAGUGAAAUUAGUUGGGGAGACAUAAACUCCCUGGUUUAUAGUACUCAGAUGGUUUCAGACUAUGAAACCUGCCAACAAAGAAUGCCCACAGUUCAUUCUGUUUUUGCAGAGUCAACCUACUUUGGCCUCAAAUGA